AUGGCGGCCGCGCCAUCCACGCCUCGACGGACGUCGACUGGCCGCCGCCGUGGUCGCCCACCCGGCUCUACAAACGCAUCACGAGCAGCUCGAAUGGCGGUCGCAUCCUCUGAACCACCGCCUAAGAGGCGCAAGUACAUCCCUGGAGGCCCUGGCGGAGGCGGUCGUUUUGUUGACGAGGACGGCAACGUCACCUAUGUGGUCCGCGGCGCCCCACGAGCAUCCCCCGGAGGCGCCGGCGGUGGCGGAGGCAGCCGCUCCGCCACCGCCCCUCGCCGGGCACCGGCCGUACGCGCCCCCAAACCCCCCGCAUCAUCACCAAUACUGCCCCGACGCGAGCGAAGCACGCGGACACGGAUCGCCGUGAGCAGAUACGAACCGGACGACGAGGAGCAGUUUAGCUCGGCGGCAGCGGUUGCGGCCGCCGUCGUGCAGAGCGAAGGAUACAAGCCCCGCGAGGAACGCGGGUGGGAGGAGUUCCACCCGAAUCUGGACAUUGAGACCACGUUCAUGGUCUUCCCCUCCGAGGAGGUGGACGGCACAGCGCCGCGCCCGUCGGCCACGGCCACGCCGACUGCAGGCCUCUCGUUCAGCGGAGCAUCCCCCUUUGCGAAUGGCGGGAGCACGUCCGCGACCAGCCACAAUGUCGGUGCAAUAGCAACGCCGACGCUUGGUGGCACGACAGAUACAAACGGUGGGUUGCCCAACGGCGACGCCAACAACACACUAGCUGCCACAUCCUUCUCAACAGACGCAUCACAACACGACCUGACUGCGGCGAGCGGGUCGCCCUCGGCCACGUCUGGUCUGCCGGAAACCCCUCUGCGCCGCAGAAUCGGCCGGCCGCCGCGCGACGGGCUGGGACUGGGGCUAAUCACGUACGGGCUGUCGACAACGCCCAAGACGCCCAAGGUGCUGCCGAUCCACAACCAGACACCCAAAGAGAAACUGGACCUGAAGCUGCCGUCGUAUCGGAAGACCGACCGCAUCCUGUUGUUUGAGGGCAAGACCGCCGGCCGCUACGUCGACAAGUCCAUGAUGAAUGUGGGCUAUCAAGAGAGUGACGUCUACGUGCGGCCGGAUCCCUACCUGAUCAAGGCGAGUGACGCCAACGCGGAAGAGGAGAUUGACGCGUACCACCACCAUGCCGCCGCGGAGAAGAGCGCCAGUGCUGGUGGCGGCGGUGCCGGGUCGGCCGCCACGGAAGCAUGGGGCGCCUCGUCCUCUCUGCCAACCGCAUACGGCGUCCCAGGCAGCAGCGUGAGCCUUGUCCUUGCAGGCGGCGGCGCUGGCAGCAACGGCGGCGUGGGGCGUGUCGAGUACGACAUGGACGAGCAGGACGACAUGUGGCUGGUCAAGCUCAACGUCCAGCGCAAAGCCGCCAAUGUCGAGCCGAUCACGCGCGAGAUCUUUGAGAUCACCAUCACCAAGAUCGAGAAGGAGUGGCACGCGCUCGAAAAGCGCAUCCCCAAGCCCAACCCGAAACCCCCGCAGACGCACCGUCCGCGCUCCUCGUCCGCCGCGGCCGUUAAUGGCGAGACCCAAGGCGGCGAGGAGCAGGACAGCAAGUGCGCCAUCUGCGACGACGGCGACUGCGAGAACACCAACGCCAUUGUCUUUUGUGACGGCUGCGACCUCGCCGUCCACCAAGACUGCUACGGCGUGCCCUUCAUCCCCGAGGGCCAGUGGAUGUGCCGCAAGUGCCAGCUGAUUGGCCGCGGCGUGCCCACCUGCAUCUUCUGCCCCAACACCGACGGCGCCUUCAAGCAGACCAACUCGUCCAAAUGGGCCCAUAUGCUGUGCGCCAUGUGGAUUCCCGAGACCUCGCUCGGCAACACCACCUUCAUGGAGCCCGUCAUGGACGUCGAGAAGGUGCCCAAGACCCGCUGGCGCCUGACCUGCUACAUCUGCCGCCAGAAGAUGGGCGCCUGCAUCCAGUGCGGCAACAAGGCAUGCUACCAGGCCUUCCAUGUCACCUGCGCGCGCCGCGCCCGGCUGUACCUUAAGAUGAAAAACAGCCAGGGCAACCUUGCCAUUCUGGAUAACAGCAUGAUCCUCAAGGCCUUUUGCGACCGCCACUGCCCGGCCGACUACGCCAAGGAAAACAACGUGCACCAGGCCACGCGGGAGGCCAAGCGCCACUACAAGCGCACCAUGCGCGGCCGCAUCUGGGCCGACAGCCGUGCCUCGGCCCUGCAGAUGGCCGCCACCACCCACGCCCUGGUCGAGCACCCGGUCGACGAGUCGCAAAUGACGGGCGCACGCAUCACGGCGGCCCUGGGCGCCGCGGCCGCCGCGGCCGCCCACCCUACGCUUGGCGACGACACCGCCAUGACCGACGCAACGUCCAACGCCGGUGGCGACAAGAAGAAGGGAGCCGCUGCAGCCGCCGCCAAGCCCAUGUGGCGUCUGCCGUCGGGCGCGCCCGUCAUCCCCCAGGCCGUCUUUGACAUUGUCGAGACGGCCCUGCAGCGCUUCAUGCUCCGCCGCCGCCGCGAGUUUGUCGCCGAGGCCUGCCGCUACUGGACGCUCAAACGCGAAGCGCGUAGAGGCGCCGCCCUUCUCAAGCGCCUGCAGCUGCAGAUGGAGACCUUUACGUCCAUGGAGCUGACCCGCCGCAACUUUGCCACCAUGGGCGCCUCGGGCCAGGCCCGUCUCGAGCGCCGCAUUGAGUUUGCCGAAUCGCUGCUGGCGGACAUUGACCGGUUGCGUGGCAUCACCGGCGACCUCGUCGAGCGCGAGCGCGACAAGCUUGCGCUGGCCACCCUCGAACAAGACUUUGUCAAUACGUGCUACUUCCCGAUCCACCAGCUGCUGGCGCCCGUCAUCGACAAGGCCAGCUUUUACGACAAGGACAAGGACGUGUUUCGCGCCGGCUUUGCUGCUCUGCAAGCCAAGCUCCAGAAGCGCUUUUACACCAACACGCUCGCCUUUGUGCAGGACUUGUCCACGGUCGUGCGCAGCACGAUCAACGCGGUCCUGCAGGACGACGACGGCAAGUCCACGCCGCCCGCCGAAGCGGACGCCUCGACGGAGCUGCUGGCCAAUGGCGCGACCCCGGCGGGCGGCCUGCCUGCUGCUUCUGCCGCCACACCGGCUGCCGCGCUCGCCGAGGCCCGCGAUCGCAAGCGGCUUGCUAAGCGCAUCCUGAAAGCGAUCCAGCCCUUGCUCGAAGCCGCCGUCCGCGCCGAGGCCGACAUUACGCGCGUCCCCCCGGAGCCGCUGCAGAAGGAGCUCGAGCAGCUGCUCGAGGCGAGCGUGGAAAUACAGUCAGCGUCCGCGGCGGCACCGGCGCGGUCGUCGGCGAGCGCCGCGCUGGCGGACGACACCAUCAUGAUGGACCGCCCCGACGACGCCGAUGGCGACGGCGAGGCUGGCGGUCUCCGUGCGGCCGGCGGCCAGAUUGUGGUCGCAUCGUCAUCGUCUGCGGCGCCGACGCAAACGCGUGGUGGCUCCACAGACGACGAAAGAGACGAGAAAAUGGACCUCGACCCGGUCAACCCGGUCAACCCGGUCGCGACACCCAGGACGUCGACGCGGAACAAGACGAUCAGCAUCGAGAUUACGACGCCGCGCUCGUCCAACCUGCUCGCCAGCGGGGCUGCCACGCUCGGCAGCCUGCAGAAGGCCAGCAUGGCUGGGGUCGAUGCGAACGCGGACGCUGACGCGGACGCUGACGGCGAGGCCGAGGACGAAUGCAUUGGCAGUGGCAAGAAAAAGGAGGACAAGGAGGGCCAGGAGACCGAUGGUGGGUGUGCACCGCUCUCUGGCAGUGGCUUGUCCACAGCCAACGGGCCCCUGACCCCCCCGCAGUCGCAUACCGGCAGCCUGCCGGGCAAUGUGGCCGCCGCCCCGGUCGCCAUCAUCAGCCAAGACAAAGACAACCAGCGGCCCCCGGCGUCGGUCGACACCCUGCACGACGGCGGCGUUCUCUGGUACCUGGGCAGUUUCGGCCUCGAGGGCACGACCGUGGUCGAGGAGCAGUGGUCGUCGGGCCGCGACGCCGUGCGCCUGCUGAGCGAGGACCUGACCGACAUGGACGACGAAGAGCUCAACGGCCUCGGCUUUGACGUCGAGGACAGCACCAUCACGGCCGCCGCGGAAGAGGCCAAGGCUGUCGCCGCUCCGCCGCCGCCGCCAGCGCCGUCGACCCGGUCGCAGCACCAGAGCCAGAGCCAGAACCUAACGGUGACGACGCCGAAGCGGCGGGGUGCAGCCGGUGCGACGACGCCACAGCGGAAAGGCGUACGGUCGUCCGCUCGGCGUAGAUGA